GCAAAGAGCAAUUUCCAGCGAGUCAUGAUGAUAUUAGCAACGAAACAGAUAAUUCGAUGGAUACUUUCAUAGUCGAUGAUCUCAGUGAAAAUGAACAGUCGAACAUUAUUAGUGAAUUUGAUGGUUUGCAUGUGAUGAAUAAAACGAGUAAUGACUCAUCGGACGAUGAAGAGUCUAGCGAUUUUUAUGAA